AUGGAAAAAAGGGUGGGGAGAAUGUGCGACGCGCCAAGAGCCAAGAAGGGCCAAGAGCCGACAGUCGCCAUGGAACUGACCCACAGAGGCGAUCUUUCCUCAGCGCAAGAAGCUUGGACGAAAGAAGGAGCGGUCGCAGCGCUGGAUCCAACAUCAGCCGCACCGUGGAGACCUUUCCGUUUUUUCUCGCCAGAGGCGGCAGCUGGAGAGAUUGCUUUUUGCAAUUUCAAGGCCAGUUGUCGUCGGUCGUGUGGGGGAGUGAUGGAGCUCGAAGGCUAG